GUGUGGCGUGGAAUCGCGGGAGGUGUGCGUAUGUGUGUGUGCGCGAUUGAGCGGCGUGUUGCUGGCGUGGCCGCACGAUGUUACUCUGAGCUGCGUGCCUUUUUUGAGAGGUUGUGCACAACACCGAUCUGCACGGAGAAAUGACGGCGCACGAUCAAAUGCGAGCUAUGCUCGACCAGUUAAUGGGCACAGGACGAAAUGGUGAAAAUAACAAAUUUCAAGUGAAAUACUCCGACUCGAAGGUCUGCAAGAGUUUUUUGCUGGCCUGCUGCCCCCAUGAGAUCCUCUCGUCGACGCGCAUGGACCUGGGAGAAUGCCCCCAGAUUCACGACUUGGCCCUACGGGCUGACUACGAGGCCGCGCAAAAGAAGAGGGAUCACUUCUAUGACAUUGACGCAAUGGAGCACCUUCAGAAUUUCAUCGCCGACUGCGACCGCCGUACGGAGCAGGCGAAACAGCGACUGGCGGAGACGCAGGAGGAACUGAGCGCGGAGGUGGCGGCGAAGGCGAACAACGUACACGUGCUCGCCGAGGAGAUCGGUAAGAAACUAGCCAAGGCCGAGCAGCUCGGCGAGGAGGGCUUUGUCGAGGAGUCGAUGAAGCUGAUGGGCGAGAUCGACGAGCUGCGCAAGAAGAAGAACGAAGCGGAGCAGGAGUAUCGAAACAGCAUGCCGGCGUCGAGCUAUCAGCAGCAGAAGCUGAGGGUGUGCGAGGUUUGCAGCGCGUAUCUCGGAAUACACGACAAUGAUAGACGGCUGGCGGAUCACUUCGGCGGGAAGCUGCAUCUGGGCUUCAUCAAAAUCCGCGAGAAGCUCGCCGAGCUGCAAAAGACCGUCGAGGAGAGGCGCAAGGAGAAGCGCGAGUCUAUGCUCGACAGAAGACGCGACAGGGACAGGGAGGACCGCGACAAAGACCGCGACAGGGACAGGAACCGCGGUGGAUUGGGCUACAGAGACCGCGACCGCGACAGAGAUCGCGACCGUGACCGCGAUCGGGACCGCGAUCGCGACCGUGACCGUGAUCGCGAUCGCGACCGUGACCGCGAACGCGAUCGCGAGCGCGAUCGUGAUCGGGACCGCGAUCGCGAGCGCGAUCGCGAGCGUGAUCGGGAACGCAGGGACAGCGGUAGGAGAAAGUCACGAUCUCGCAGUCGCAGUCGUGGAAGAAGAUCAAAACGCUCUCGCAGUGGCAGCCACAGCCGUCGAUCUCGUUCUCGUCGCAGUGGAUCUAACGACCGUAAGAGAUAAGGGGCAAGAUGUAUAAGGACUAUGCUCAAUGGUUUCCUUUCCUUUCUCACACGCGCACUUUCGUACAUGUAAUACGUAACACCAAGUCGUGCGCACGAGAUAUUUGCGCCCGAACGUCCGUAGCAAAUAUGCGAUACUCCAUUUUGACAUAAUCUUUGUACAUUACUUGUCACCCUAAUCGAUAUGUUUACGCGAUCUACUAUUUAUGCCGAAAUCUAUUCCUAUUGAGACACGUUUUAAAUUUUGUUUAGAAUAAUCUAAUCUAUGUGUAAUCUAAUUUGGCUUUUAAAAUAGUUUUAAUCCACUGUAAAUAAGAAUAGCUUAAGUACAACGUGGCGGUUGUUACAUGUUUACCAUCUUUGAGCAUAUACAAUAAUAAAAUAGUGGCAGUAAUAAAUAUAAAUGUA